CCCCUGUUUAGAAUAAAUGAUAGUAGAUCUGAACUCUGUCAAAGAAGUGCAGGAAAGAUGCCAAAUCUAGUAAAUCUUUAUCCAGCAUUUGUUAGCCGAUUGCCGCUGAAGUGUGUAAAUGGGGAGGGGAGAGAAGUGACAUUACAGGCACCCAGUAAACAUUAUUUACUAUUUGUAUUACUGUCAUGCCUAGGAGCUCUAGUCAUGGACCAAGACCCCAUUGUGCAAUGGCCAUAUUAUGCCUUUACCUGUAUAGGGGGUCACAACAUUCUGUGAAUUUCCUCAAUGGCCCUGGUUACCCUGAAAAUGUAAAAUAAGCCUUGGGCCAUAGCAUAUUAUUUUGCCAGGAAGUGUAGUGAAGCGGACAGUAGAAUAAAACAUAUAGAGCCUUGAGAGUCUUUACUUCUGCUGAGUAGCUAGGUUAAGGUCUGGCAAUGCCAUGUAAGGAUUUUCUGCCCUUCAUAUUUGAAUGGGUUUGAAUUCUCGCUGACAUAAAUAAACUUUCCUUGUCACACUGAUCUGUCCAGUUUGUGAUUACAGUACAGUCUGCGAGUUCAUCAUUAAUAUUGUCCAUAGGUGAUGUUUAUUUUUAAAAAAAUCCAUAAGGUGCCUAAUAUGUUGUGUGUGCUAAAUAAUAAACAACAAUACUGACUCCACAGGUUCUAAACUUGUGGCAGCAUUUUCAGGAAGAGAAUCCGAUGUACAAUAACAAAUAAGCUCAUGGUCCCUCCCUGCCUCCCUCUAAGGGGGAAUGAAAAGCAGAUAACAACUCUAUCUCUAUUUGUUGUUCCUCUGUUGGGCGAGUAAAACAAUGAGCAGUAGAUACCUUGUCCUGCUAAAUUGGGGUUGGGCUGGUGCCAUCUUCACAUUUAAACAUUGUAAGGGAGAAUGCGAGCUGCAGACACAUAGCUGAGGUUCCUGCCCCUGGAUUCGGUUCAGCCAUGUUUGGCUGGUGGUGGGACUGGCUAAAUGCCCAAACAAAUUUGUUAGUCUCUAAGGUGCCACAAGGACUCAUUGUUUUUGCUGAUACAGACUAACACAGCGACCCCUCUGAAAGCUGGCUAGAUCGAAACUCCACUGCAAACGGAUCCUGACUCUUGCCGUAGCUGGAGCCCCGGCCUCACGGGGCACUGCUGCUGAUCCCUGUGGUACCCCUUUGUUUGCUUCCCCCGUGCAAUCUUUGUACAUAUCCCCAUUUCUACAAGCGGUCUAUAGUUGUGCAUCCACAGCCUCUUUUCUCUGCAGGCGUUCACAAACAGCCGUCACUCUUGGACACUGUGGGACAGCUGCUGGAGGACUGUGAGGGUGUCUACACUCACACUUCAUUGACCAGAGCCGGCUCCUGAAUGGGACGUGGCAUCACAGCAUCUAACUCAUUUACAGCUUCCUACUGUGCCCGAAAGAAUUUCUGUGAGAGGCUCAGAUCAAGCUGCAGAGAGAUCCUUGAUUGUAUUGGCUGCAGUUCACACCAUGGAGGGGAAGGUUGAUUCAUUUCCCUCCCGACUGGUGAAUCUGGAGGGGAGAACAGGGUCGCCUGAGAAGAAAUUAGUCAACGGUGAGAAAAUAGUUGGGGAGUUUGGUAAUCAGCUGGCCGCGCUGGGAACUCUGAUCCAGGAGUACGGGCUGCUGCAGAGGAGGCUGGAGAACAUGGAGAACCUGCUGAAGAACAGGAACUUCUGGAUCCUGAGACUCCCCCCAGGCACGAAGGGAGAAGUCCCCAAGGUCCCAGUGACAUUUGAUGAGAUCUCAGUCUAUUUCAACGAGCAGGAAUGGGGGAAUUUAGAUGAAUGGCAGAAGGAGCUUUACAAGAAUGUGAUGAAGAGCAACUAUGAGACUUUGCUCUCACUGGACUAUGCAAUUUCCAAACCUGACAUUCUGUCCAGGAUUGAACAAGGGGAAGAGCCAUGUGUCAGGGAUCAAGGGGACCCAGAGGAAAGGGAAGUGUCUACAGACACCAAGACAGAAUCUUCCAUUUCCACACACAUUUCACCCCGAACCAAGCAAGAGGAAGAGCCACCUAUUGGAGAUCAGCCAGCUUCAGAACCACAAGAGAGCCGUCCAGAUCGCAGCGCCGGUGAAGGGGCUUUGGUCAGAUCUGAGGAUCGGCAUCAUGGUGAAGGUCCUGUGAGCCUGGAGCUGACCAAGAAGUUAUCGGGUAGAUCUGCAGAGAAGUUUUUCCGGAGUCCCAAUGUAGGAAUGCCCUCCAAGAGGCAGGGCAGCUCAACUAUACAACCGGAGAACCCUGCAGAGAUCAGACCUGGGAAAUCUACUCCGUGUGAGGCAGGUUCUGGUGAACUCCAGCCAAAACCACAGCCCUGCGCAAGAGAGAAAUCAAAGAGCUUCGCUUGCAAGACUGUUGAUAAAUCUCAUCGGAAACGUCACACUGUAGAGAAAGUAUAUCCUUGCACUGAAUGUGACAAAAGCUUUCCUGAUCAAGCACGACUGACUAGUCACUACAGAAUCCGCUCGAGAGAGAGGCCGUAUCAGUGCCCUGUGUGUGGGAAACGAUUCAGCUACCAAUCUAUUCUCAUCAAGCAUCACAGAAUCCACACGGGGGAGCAGCUGUAUAAAUGUACGGAAUGCGAGAAAAGCUUCAAUGAGAAAUCCAAGCUGACCAACCACUACACAGUCCACACUGGAGAGAGACCCUAUGCUUGUAAAGAGUGUGGGAAAAGUUUCCGGCUGAAGAUGGGUCUUAUAAAUCACCAGAUAAGUCAUGGCAAAGAGAAGCCUUAUCAGUGCGCCUUGUGUGACAAGAGCUACAUCCAAAAGAAACACCUCCUACGUCACCAGCGAGUCCACACAGGAGAGAGACCCUUCCAUUGUACUGUGUGUGGGAAGAACUUUCGGCAGAAGUUUGUCCUGCUAUCCCAUCAGCGACUCCACACAGGAGAGAGACCCUAUGCCUGUACCGUGUGUGAGAAGAGCUUCAUCAUCAAAUCCAAAUUGACCAGUCACUACCGUAUCCACACGGGAGAGAAGCCCUACAAGUGCACUGAGUGCGGGAAGAGCUUCAGAGUGAGGGAGACUUACCGGCAACACCAGCAUAGUCACGCGCAAGAGCAACCCUACAAGUGUAGUGACUGCGAGAAGAGCUUCAGCUGCCAGUCAGGCCUUAUCAGACAUCAGACGGUCCAUACAGGAGAGAAGCCUUAUAAGUGUGUGGAAUGUGGAAAGAGCUUCAGCCGCCAGUCAAAUCUUCUUAGACAUCAGAUGGUCCAUACAGGAGAGAAGCCUUAUAAGUGUGUGGAAUGUGGAAAGAGCUUCAGCUGCCAGUCAAAUCUUCUUAGACAUCAGAAGGGCCACACUGGAGAGAAGCCUUAUAAAUGUGUGGAAUGCAACAAGAGCUACAUUCGGAAGGAGUGUCUGCUAAACCACCAGCUCAUCCACACAGGAGAGCAGCCCUACACCUGCACUGAAUGUGGUGAACACUUCAGGCUAAAGGUGACUUUGGUAAAGCACCAAAAGAAUCAUGCGAAAGAAGACUCUGGUCAGCGCAGCCUGUCCUUUAAAACUUGAAGGGUCACUGAGGUUGGUACAGGACAGCAGGUGACUUACACAGCAGGAGGCUGUUUAAAUGCACUGCUGGUGACAGACACUUAAUUUGAAAGGACUAUCCUCGUCCAAAAUGCCAACUUCCCCAUGUGGCAAAGGGAAUGUCUAAAUGUAGAUGGGGAACACCCGAGAAAGGCUCAACAUCCGCUACAGUCGUCAGAUUCAUUUAGUUUCUGAGCCUUGGCACCUUUCAGGAUGUGGCCCAGAAAAACCCAAACUCCGAACAAUGCUGAGGCCAAGAAACUUUAUUGGUAAACAGUCCCUUAAAGACCUCCAAAAAGAUUCUCUUCAUGGCAGAAUCCUCUGCAGGCUCCUUGGAGCCUUUUACAGCAAUUAAAGACCAAACUUCUUGAUAUGAAAAUGAGGGGGGGAAAUAUUUUGCGUAUAUAUAUGUAACCCUCCUGCCCAUCUAAGUUGGCAGCAACAAGGAACGGGUUCUGUAUCUAGGGGCUCUGUUUCAAUAACACAAUGCAAAACCGGCUCGAGCCCCCACCCAGUGACCUGGGACAAU